AUGUGCGAAGGACGUUCGUUUUGUUUUAAAUGUAGAAGACCUUGGUCCACUGAUACAACAAAUGAAAGUUCGUCAGAUCAAGAUAAUGUUAUACAUAUUUGUCCGGCUGAACAAGAUAUACGUAGUAAUGCAUUAGAUGGACUGCGCUCUUUCUUUGGUAUUCGGCGUUUUAGCAGGCAAAUAUCUGGUCAGAAUUUAAUAAGAAAUGGCCCUCAACCAAAAGUUUCUGAUAAUAUUUUACCAAUACAUUUAAAUACCUCGACUUCUAUGAAGGGGAAGCGUUCCCAUGUACUGAGAUCUUAUCCCAGUUCUAACAACUACUCCAAUGAUACUCGAUUAUCUAUGGAAGAACUAUUUACAAACGUAGAUCUUGAGAGUGCUAAUACUACUGCUCCUGUUUCAAAGGAAAAACAUCCGAUCUCUGAAUAUGAUGUGGUUAACUCUUCUGAAUCAUCUCCCAAAAUAAAGAGACGUCCUUCCGUAGAUUCUAAUGAUCAAAACUCCUUAGUGAAACCCUGUCCUAAUUGUAAAACUCUCAUACAAAAACUUAAUGAUGGAAGGUGUAAUUCUAUGGUAUGCUCAAUUUGUAAUUAUGAGUUUUGUUGGUUAUGUUUACGGGAAACUACAGCAACUCAUUAUUUGAAUUUUUCCGGUUGUACUGUAUUGGGUCGCAGCCGAUGGUCAAAACUUCGUCGUGUUGUUACUGUUUGUAGUAUAAUGUUAGGUACACCAAUCCUGCUUCCACUCACAAUUGUCAUAGCACUUCCUGCUUUAUCAAUUAACUUCACUGUACUCAUGACCAAACAUGUUAAUUGGAUGCUUCUUUCGAAAUCCAAACAUUUAAGACGGUUUGUUCUAUUCUGGGUUGUAAUCGCUGGUCUCAUUGUGUUCCCAGUACUAACAGCCGUAACUUUUGGCCUUUUAAUUCCCGUUGUUUUGGGUUAUGUGUAUUUAUACCUCCCAAUUAGUUUGUUUCGAUCCCUGAUAAGAGAUGAAAGUGAUAUUCUUUCAAAACCGACCGAACUAGAGAAACUACAAUCAGUAAGCCCUAAUCUGGAAAGCGAGUUCAAGGCAAAGAAUGAGGAUAUCAGAUCAAAUGAUGGAAGCUUUAGUGAAUCUAAAAUUGUCGUAGUAGACGAAACAGUGCCGAUGGAACGUGAUCAGACAUUAUAG